AUGUACAUCGUGGCAAGGAUGAAUGAGGCGAGACAGAAGUUGAUAUCAACGAUCCAGCGAGCAUCUCCCGCCGGGAUCAUGGGCGUCGAGACAAUUUUGAAGACCCAAGAGGAAGAGCGUGUGGCGGCGGCAGAGGCAGAAGUGAAGAGACUCGAGAAGGAGAAGCGACGGGCGAGGCGACUCCGUCGACGUGCCGGUCUCCCUUCUUCCUCCGAUGACGACAAUAGCGAUGACGAUGAUAGUGAGGAUGACAGCGAUAGCGAAGCAGAAGGGCAGGAAGGAGAAGGAGAGGAUGAAGAGCCUGCACAAAAGACUGUCUGGGGCUACGUCCCCCCACCAACAUUGAUCCACGAAAUCAUCCCAGGAACGAUGGCUACCCCACUGGCAAUGUCGGCGUAUACCCAACAUGUAUUUGACCAGAUUUUGGACGAGAUGGCGUUAAAGGAGUCGAUUCUGGAAGCCUUGGUGACGAUCGGGGAGUUGAAGGAUUCUGGAGCGGACGAGUUGCCGGCGUUGUUGGAUCAGCAGUUGACGAAUAUGGUGUUGAUUUGGGAGUUGGAGCCGUAUAUCGAGACAGUCCCUGAGCGGAAUGAGGUUGAGGGGGCGUUGAGUGUUUUGUCGUGGCAGAUGGAGAAAGUCAAGUAG